UCAUAUGAAAUAAAUCUAACGUGACCCAUUUUAAAUACAUUUUUAUUUUUAGAAUUUGUAUUCAUAUUUUAUGUUAGAUCUUUUUUAGGCAUUUUUCAUUACCUUCUAUAUUAGAAAGUAAUUUUGAUAGUUUUUCAGCAAAACACUUAACAAUUUUUUGUAAUACCUCUUGAAAAGAUCCAGAGAAGCUAACUUCAUUCUGCAAAAGUUACAUCAUGAUCAACUACUAGCCAUACGAAUUGAAACAUUGACGUCAUGAAAGAAGUUUGAACAUAAAUAAUCUAUUUGACGACCCUUCUACCUUAUGCAAGUUCAUCCACCAUAUGCUAUUGUAAAUAACAAACCUAUGAAAAGAAUGAUUAAGAAUGAAAUAAGAUUACUUUCACUUUUGGUCAAAAUUAAAACUUUUAUUCUUUAAAAUAUUUAUUUUUCUGAUACGCGAAACAAUAGCGAGCGGGCUUUUGCUAGUAAAUUAAACUUGUGUGUUUUGCUGUUGUAGUGAGUUAAAUGCAUCAUAUCAGAUGGUUUCUUAGUCUACAUGCGGAGAUUUUCAUUUUUACCAUUCAAUUCGCGCUAUUUAAUUAGCAUCCUUCUUCCCCUUCCGGCUUCCACUUAUGAUUAAUUAAUUUAAUCAGUCUAUUUCCCGACCCACUUGAUUUUAUUUUUAUUUUUUUUGAAAAAAGGGAGGCAGGAUGCCAAAGAUUACAACAGAGAAGAACCGAAAUCACCCAAGGAGAGCACAAAGAAAAUCAUUAUAGGAGGAAGACCACUCCAGCAGCAGACAGCCCCGUUAAAAUUAUCCAUGCGUUUGCAGAACCAUCCUGGGAAAGCUUACUCCCAAAGUAUCCUCAAUGAGAAUCCGCCGUAGCUCGUUUGGAGGAUUCAUUAGCUCAUGCGUACCGAAGGGAUAGACGAGACUGUGCUUCGAGAGCCAGUCCGCAGCUCUAUUCCCUUCUCUAUACGUAUGAACUAACUGCACCACCCAGUCCCGACCCACUUGAUACUGCUCAAUAAUUAACCAUGGUAUUAAUAUCACUCAAAUCCGUAAUCAAAUAGCUAGUAAUGACUAAACAUUACCAAAAAAAACAUUUAAGAACCUCAAACUUUAACUAAUCCGGUAUGCCCUUACAGCUUCCUAUCUAGCUAGCUAGUUACAGACUUUUCAUCAUUCUCAAUUCUAACGUUUAAAAAACCAUCAGCUGCCCCAUAAUUCCCUCUAUAUAAAAGCCUACCAAAUGAUCAUCAUUCAUCAUCAUCGUCUCCUCACUCGCAAAGAAAAAAACAAAGAGAACAUCGAAUAUGACUGCUGCUCACAUGAAGCUCGUAACUCCAUUCCUCCUCCUCCUCCUCCUGGCCCUCCAUCCGUCCGCAAGGCCCACCACGGCGGCGGCGCGUGACCUCUCCAACCUCCCCGACUCCUCGUCGUCCACGUCACCAUCCACCCCGCUGGCGUCGCGGCUGAAGCUGGACACGGCGGGGGGAGGAGGAGGAGGAGGAGGAGAGACGACGACGAGCAACUGCUGGGAGUCGCUGAUGGAGCUGCAAGCGUGCUCGGGGGAGAUCAUCCUCUUCUUCCUCAACGGCGAGACUUACUUGGGCCAAGGGUGCUGCCGGGCCAUCCGCGUCAUCGCCCACCACUGCUGGCCCAACUUGAUGGACACCCUGGGCUUCACCGACGAGGAGAGCGACGUGCUCGAAGGCUACUGUGAUCGAGCCGACGACGACGACGGUGAUGAUGGAAGGGACGGUGGGGAUGGGGGUUCUAGUACUCCAACACCGACGACGCCCAAUAUUCCGCCUCAUGAUCAUCACUUGCCGCCCCCGCCGGCUCCGCCAGCUCGUGUGGUGGCGCAGUCGGCAGGGCAUGAUGUGGUCGUGCCGGAGCAGGUCAGCGGCGACGUCGUUCCUUGAGGAUUCUAUAAUAUGUUUUUUUGGAGUUUGUACGUGCGUUAUGAUCAUGAGGAUGUAAUUAUAUAAGAAUAAAAUGCCUUUUGGAAUGGACCCGAUCGAGGUGAAUAAUAACAUAUAUUAUUAUCUCCCUCUCGUGUUCUUUGUGCUGUUCUUCUGGUUUGGAGACUUUGUCCGUGCUUUGUAUGUUCGCUUCCUUUAAUUUUAGAGCCAAAUGCUUGUAAGUUUAGUUGCUACGUCUAGUCAUCAAAAUACACAGGAGAUUACUAGUUGUUCAAAACUCAAAAGUAAAAUGCAGUAGUCAAUCAAAUGUCGAGCUACCGAUAAAAAACCGUUUUAAUUUUGCAGUAAAAUAAGUAACCAUAUUAGUUGAAGCAGAGUAUAAACAAAAUCGAAUAACUUCUUUUAGGACCACUCCCACCCUGUGAACAACUAGUUGCGAAUCUCCACAAGUACAGAUAUUAGAUAAACCAUGAUUUAAACACCAAAACAUUGCAUCUCUUAAGGCCAUGAACUCCAUUAAGAAAUGGAUCGAAUCGAACAUACCUUCAUAAAACUUACUGAACGCGCAGGCUAAAGAUGAGUCACCUGUGAACCCUGCAGAUCCAAUACUCCCUCCCACAUCUCGGCCAAGGGGACAAUCAAAUCGAACCAGGAACCCGCUUGUGGGAUAACGCACCUCAUGGGACUGACGGCCGUGGCCUUGCCCUGCACGAACUCGAGGAGUACUAGUGUUCUGGCUAGAGGCCGCCUCAAUCCACCCUUCUACGUACAUGUACUCUGAACUGACAGAAGUGGGGUCCUGGUAUAUAUUUUAUGUGGUCAUGAGUUGACUAGCAACGUCCCUUACAUAAUCACCAUGGGGCGGGUCCACGAUAUUCGGAGGACCUGUUCGAAAAUUUAAAAUGCGACUUAAAUUUUUUUCCCGAAAAUUGGAAAUGUGGCCCUAAAAUUUAAUAUAAGACUUCAACAACUUCAAGUUCGAAAAGCUUCUUCAUGCUGUAGGCCUGUAGCAACAGUCACUGGAAUAGUUAAUAAGAGCAUCUCCAACAAUGCAAUCCUUCUUCACUUUCAAGUGUGGUCCCUACUGCCACCUAAGCAACUUUAGCAAUUAUUUCACUCAUCAAUUUCAUACUAGCUACAUCAAUGUCAUUUCAAUGCAAUUGCACUUUUGGGUCCCUCUUACAUUUUAAUAACACACAAAUGGCUGGGAAAAGAAGAAAGAAAAACAAACAAAGGACUCACUUGCAAUUGUAUGUAAGAUUUUCAUGGUGUGCAAAUUUUCAUCAAAAGUGGUCUUGCAUCAAUGUUAUCCACUUUUUCAAUUGCACAUGGAUGCCACCUCACCUUGCAACUCCCUCCAUUUGCACCAUUGGAGAUGCUCUAAGAUUCUAUAAAAUAUGCUUGCAUUAGAAAAACAAUCGAAAAUUUCCAAAAAGAAUAAAAUUUCAAAAAACAAUAUGCUUGCAUUACAAUAAUUAGUCAUAUCACAUAAUGUCAAACUAUUUAUUGUUGAUUUAGUUAUUUUUUCCUCUAUACUAUUGGUGGCUUGUACCUAACUAUUUUGUUUAACGUUUAAUAAAUUAAUGUGAAUUAUUUGAUUAAUUUAGCAUUACUGCCUUGGUAGUACAAGCAACUGAUUAAUUGCCGAAAUUGAAUUAUUUUCCCCCUUGGAGAGCCGACAAUGAAGAAAGUUAAAACAACAAAUUUAAUAAUGAUAAUAAUGAGGCAUCGUCAAUUACCUCUUUUUCUAUUUAGGAAACACACGACAAAGAAUAAGUUAUGUUAUAUGGUUUGAAAUUUUUUUAAUAAGAAAAUAAGUACUUGUCUCAUGUGAUUCGUUCGUUCCUUUAACCUUCGGACUUAAAUGUUUUAUUAUUGUUAUAGACCCAUUAUCAAAAUCCAAUUCAUACACUUUCUAUCAUUUUAAAUUUAUAAUCGAAAUCUAAUAAUUUCUAAUAGUAAUU